AUGAUGGAGAGGAUAAGAAAGGAGAUGAUCCUGAUGGAGAGAGGUCUGCACAGUCCAGUCGCGGGCAAGAGACUGUCGGAGGCGGCGGCGGCGGCGGGGAACUCGGUGCUGGAGGCCCUGGAGAACUCGCAGCACGGAGGACGACUGAGCCCCCGGAUCAGCUCAGCCUCCCUGCACGGGAGUCUGGUCGACAUCCCGAGCAAAGGCAAGUUUGAGAUCGACAGCCUGUUCGGCUCGCACCACAGCGGCGACAACACGUCGUCGGCGGAGAUCUCGUCGUCCGAGAGUCGCAAGAAGAUGAGCCUUUAUUCGGAAGUUUCGCAGGAAUCCGACAUCAACAGCGAUGUGGAGGUGGGCUGCCCCUCGCUGCGCUCCCCGAGCCAGCACAAGGAGAACAACAAAGGUUUCUCCGACUCCAACUCCGCGUCCUCCAACACCAGCUCCAGCUCUCUCUCGGGCAUGAACGGCAACUCAGGCGGCUCGAACAGUUCCAACGCGGACCAGGUCAGACGCUACCGAACCGCCUUCACCAGGGAGCAGAUCGGCAGACUUGAAAAGGAGUUUUACCGGGAAAAUUACGUGUCGAGACCGCGAAGGUGUGAACUGGCGGCCGCGCUGAACCUUCCAGAAACGACGAUUAAGGUUUGGUUCCAGAACCGGCGCAUGAAGGACAAGCGGCAGCGCCUGGCCAUGUCCUGGCCGCAUCCCGCUGACCCCAGCUUCUACACCUACAUGAUGACCCACGCGGCCGCCACCGGAAGUCUGCCCUACCCCUUCCACUCGCACAUGCCGCUGCACUACUACCCGCACGUCGGCGUCACGGCAGCGGCAGCCGCGGCAGCCGCCACCGGGGCGGCCUCCUCGCCCUUCGCCACCUCCAUCCGGCCCCUCGACACCUUCCGGGCUCUGUCGCACCCCUACUCCCGACCGGAGCUGCUGUGCAGCUUCAGGCACCCGGGCUUGUACCAGUCACCGGCGGGGCUCAACAGCUCGGCGGCCGCUUCAGCGGCAGCGGCGGCGGCGGCGGCGGCAGCGGCGGCGGUCAGCGCGCCCUCGGCCAGCGGCCCGUGCUCGUGUCUCAGCUGCCACAGCAGCCAGGCGGCCUCCGCGCUCGGCUCCCGGACCUCCGGCACCGACUUUACCUGCACUGCCUCCAGCCAGAGGUCCGAGAGCGGAUUCUUGCCCUACUCUGCGGCGGUUCUCAGCAAGACGUCGGUACCGUCGCCGGACCAGCGGGAGGAACCGUCACUGAACAGAUAA